AUGAUAAUGAAUGCGGAGGAGAGGUCUAAGAGGCGAUUAAUCAUAGAAUGCAAUCGACUUAAGCGAAAAAAGUUGUCUAAUAUUAAACAGCUUAAGAAAACUCCUACACCUCAUUACUACAUGGACUCAGCAUCCAAUUCCUCAUCAGAUAAUCAGCACAACAUUGUCACAUCUACGUGCGCCACCUCCAGCACUUCUAUAUCAAUCGAUAAUGUAUAUAAUAACAUCUUGGACAUUUCCUUCAAAUCAAAUGAUAACUGCAAUGAGAAACUAUAUGAGAGGGCAUUCACGCUGGGAAUGGAUGUCAUGUCCAUCGCCCGACCCAUCACUGACUACAACACAACAUUCAAUGAGUUAGAGGGCUAUAAGUUUACGGAACUCAUUAGUGCCGCAAAUAUUAUGACCGCAAAUGUGUCCACAAAUAUCAACACAUCCUAUGUCUAUACAUUUGAGGACUUUUUGCGUGUCAUUGAUGUCCGACGCGAGUAUGACAUCAAAAAUGUGGUCAAAGUGUUUGAGCGGUUGAUGUGUGCCAGUGAGAUAUGUGAGCAGGAUAAAGUUAUUUUGCUUAAAUACGGAGCGCUAGAAGUACAUUGUAUGCGGAGUAUUACAUACUAUGAUUACGACACUCAAAGCUGGACAGCAAACCUGACUGAACCCAAUAAUGAAACUCAUAUACUAUUCCGAGAUUAUGUCAAUACUAUGUAUACAGAAAUCGACUCCGAUAUUAACGUCUUAAAUAUUAUGACGGCUAUAGUCCUUUUCAAUCCCUACCGACCGGGACUUAAAUACAAGGAAAUUGAGAUGAUAAUGAAUGCCGAGGCCAGGCAUAGGAGGCGGUCCAUCAUUGAAUGCAAUCGACUUAAACGCAAAAACUUGGCAAACACUCACAAAAUUAAGGAGAUCCCUGCACCUCCUAUCAUCUGUACUGAAUCUUCGGACUCAUCAUCCCUUUCCUCAUCAGACAAUCACAACAUUUUAGUCUCCUCUACGAGCAGCACCUGUACUUCAAUUUGUGUCGACAAGAUUUGUGAUAAUAAUCUCGUCAACACUUCCAUGACUUCAACGCACGACUCAAAUGAGAAACUAUAUGAGAGGGCAUUCACGCUGGGAAUGGAUGUCUUGUCCAUCGCCCGACCCAUCACUGACUACAACACAACAUUCAAUGAAUUAGAGGGCAAUAGGUUUACGGAACUGAUUAGUGCCGCAAAUAUAAUGAUCCCGAAGUUGUCCACAAAUAUCAACAAAACUUAUGUUUCGACAGUUGAAGGCUUUUUGCGUGUCAUUGAUAUCCAGCGCGAGUCUGACGUCAAAAAUGUGGUCAAAGUGUUUAAGCGGUUAAUGUGUGCCACUGAGAUAUGUGAGCAGGAUAAAGUUAUUUUACUGAAAUACGGUGCAUCAGAGGUGCACUGUAUGCGCUGUAUUACAUAUUAUGAUUACGAUAAUCAACGUUGGACAAAUUACUUGGAUGAUAAUAAUGCCGUGAUUUUGAGUAUGGAUUUUGUGCGACAGAUUGAACCGGACAAUGAAACUCAUGUCAUAUUUCAAGAUUAUGUCAAUAAAUUGUAUAAUGACAUCGACUCCGAUAUCAACGUCUUAAAUAUAAUGACGGCUAUAGUACUGUUCAAUCCCUAUCGACCGGGACUUAAGUACUCAGAGAUUGUAAAGUAA